GUGACUUGUAUAAUUCUGUUCAAUAUCCAAAUUGAAUACACCAAUGCAAUCGUCCCUUCCCUAUUGUCAAGAAACACGUGAAGAGAUAAAAAAAAAAUGUGUGCGUGUGAAUUAUGUACAGAAAACAAAAAUUGAAAUGUGCCCUUGUGGAGAGUUUACUUUGAUUUGAAUCGUGUGAUUCGCGAUAAGGGACGUGCAGCUUCUUUUCAACGCGAGACGUUAUCGUCCGCUGCACAAAGGAGACGUUUUGUUCGCGGUCGUCAGACGACGAAGAUGCUCGACCCUGACAGGUGCAGCUGGUGAGAGAGGUGGUUAUUUAUGCAACUGGUUAAGCAGACACGCUGCUGUAAAACACUGCAAUGUCCACCACCACAGAAGAUGAGAGUAACAAAAAGGGAAAAUGGUUGAGUUACCUAGACCAAGUGACGACGGAGCCCGUCAUGUUCCUUUACAUGUUCGCCUAUAUGCUAACCUCUGUGGUGGAGCAGCGUUUCUAUGUGGACCGCGCGUGCAGGGUUGACCUGAACUUUUCUGAUGAAAUUUGCUCCAACAUUGAGAGUAAUUCUACGGAAAAAGUGGUUGUGCAGAAAUACGUCGCUGCCUUUGUCCAGUACAACAACAUCGCGUUUCAUGGGGUGCCUCUGGUGCUCGCACUCUUCUUGGGCGCGUGGAGCGACAAGCAAGGUGGCGCUCGAAAAGGUCCAAUGUUAGUGGGGCUGCUCGGCAAACUCUUCUUCUCUAUAAUGUUCGCUGUGAACGCGUGGCAAAGCACGUGGCCUCUUUACACGCUCCUCUGGAGUGCCACCCUUCCGCAGGCAGCCACCGGCGCCGACUUGGCCAUCUUCAUGGCCGCCUUCAGUUAUGUGGCCGACGUGAGUUCGCCCGAACAGAGGACCCUGCGCAUCACCAUGUUGCAGGCCUCCUACCUGAUCACCAUCCCGACGGGGGUGGCCGUCGGCAAGGUGUUGUUCAACGCCACCGGCCGCUCAGUGGUCGCCUGCUUUUUGGUCAACGCGGCCCUGGUGGCCCUCGCCCUGAUCUACGCGGCCGUCAGACUCAAAUGGCGCUCGGCCACCAGGGCGCCGGACGCGGCCAAGGUGGUCGAAAAGCGAAGACCAUUCCUGCUCGAGUUUUUCGACAGACACCACUUGGCCGACACAAUCCGAACUGUGAUGAGGAAGAGGCCUGGGGCGAGACGCGCCUACCUUUGGGGGUUGCUCAUAGCCAUGGGACUGUACACAUUCCAUAGAGAUGAAAGUUCCUUGAUGUAUCUCUACACGCAGCUCAAGUUCAAUUUUGACCUGAACCUCUACAGCAACUUCAGGACGUACCAGUCUGGAGUUUACGUUUUAGGCAUUCUAGUCGUGUUGCCGCUGAUGAGCAAACUAUGUGGGGUGCCCGACGCGGUGGCUGUGCUGGUUGGAGCCGCAGCUCACGCAGCGGCCAGAGUCGUUUUUAUUCUGGCUGAACAGCCCUAUUUGCUCUACGUAGGCGCUACCCUCUCUGCCCUGGGCCCAAUCGUGGCACCUGUGAUAAAGUCAAUGGUGUCUAAAGUCGUGCCACUGAGAGAUAGAGGAAAAGUGAUGGCCCUCCUGGCUUCAGCAGACAACGCAGUUCCGCUCUUUUCUGGCGUGGUGUACACGCAGGUCUAUAACGCGACCAUCACCACCUUUCCGCAGGCAUUCUUCCUAGUCACCAUCGCGGCUCAAUUAAUUGUGAUGGCAAUUCUAGGGGCUAUUCAGUGCUCGUUGAAGGGCACCAAACUGGAUGAUGGUGAAACUCCGCCAGCAAAUGCGGACCAGCCCUUGCAAAAGAGCCCUUCCAACUCUUCCAUUGCCCAAACGUCAAAUUGAUUGGCGUUUCGGAGGACGAAUUCCUCGCUGAUAUCGCGGUUUUGUCACCCCGAAUGCCUAAAACAGGCAGUCAAUCAAUCAGCCAAUUUGACAGCAGCAUUUGCCGCAGAAUGAUAUGAUGGAGAUUUUUACGCAUUUUAUUGACCCGACGAAAAUGACAAUAAAUAUAUUUUAGACAUUUACCUA